CGAAGAAGGAAAGGCAGAGAAGCAAACGAAGGGAGAGCCAUGGCGUCGUCCGGACUAGAGCCCAUCGACGUGGACAGCAUCAUUGAGAAGCUGCUAAGUGUGCGCGGCGCGCGCCCCGGCAAGCAGGUGAAUCUCACGGAGACCGAGAUCCGCGGGCUGUGCCUUCACGCACGCGAGGUUUUUCUGGCGCAGCCCAUUCUGGUGGAGCUGGAGGCGCCCAUCAAAAUUUGCGGUGACAUCCACGGCCAGUACUACGAUCUGCUGCGUUUGUUCGAGUACGGCGGGUUCCCUCCGGACGCCAACUACCUGUUCCUCGGAGACUACGUGGACCGUGGCAAACAGAGUCUGGAGACCAUCUGCCUGCUGCUGGCUUACAAGAUCAAGUACCCAGAGAACUUCUUUAUCCUGCGUGGCAACCACGAGUGCGCGUCGAUUAACCGAAUUUACGGCUUCUAUGACGAGUGCAAGCGCCGCUACAACAUCAAGCUCUGGAAGACCUUCACCGACUGCUUUAACUGCCUGCCAGUGGCUGCUAUCGUGGAUGAGAAGAUCUUCUGCAUGCACGGCGGUCUGUCCCCCGAGCUGAGUCAGAUGGAACAGAUCAAGCGCUUCGUGCGCCCCACAGACGUCCCCGACACGGGUCUGCUCUGCGAUCUGCUGUGGUCCGACCCCGACAAGGACAUUAUGGGCUGGGGAGAGAACGACCGCGGCGUGUCGUUCACGUUCGGCCCGGACAUUGUGAGUCAGUUCCUCAAGCGUCACGACCUCGAUUUGAUCUGCAGAGCUCACCAGGUGGUGGAGGAUGGCUAUGAAUUCUUCGCCAAGCGCCAGCUGGUCACGUUGUUCUCCGCACCGAACUACUGCGGCGAGUUCGACAACGCCGGUGCGAUGAUGUCGGUCGACGAGACGCUCAUGUGCUCGUUCCAGAUCCUUAAGCCAGCCGAGAAGAAGCAGCGCUACGCUUACAACGGCCUUGGCACGCAACGUCCCGCGACGCCGCCCAGGAAGUAGGAGGAGUGCUCGAACAACGGGCGGACUCUCUGUCUGAUCUAAGCAGCGAGAGCCCCUUCGUUGGCCGGCCUGCAUAGUCAUUUUACCCCCGAUACAUGUGAUUUGAUUUUAUCGAUUUGAUAGCGAGCUCGUUUGAUUAAACAUGCACCACCUCCUUCC